AUAUGAAAACGACUUGUAGUGCACAAUAAGUUUCUAUUCUCUUAGCCUAACACAGACUUUCAAAACUCAUAAGCAAGUACAACGUGGGGUACAGCUCAGCUCCCAUGAUAACUAUGCAUGUGGAAACGCCAAUCUUGAGUUAACAUGGCCUUGUAGAUAACGGUAGAUACGAAGAUCAUAUUUAUUCACUAACCUUUGGCAGUAGUGCGUAGCCUACACUGUGAGUAUUUUACUGUGUAGGAGGGAUUGUUUAUUUGUAUCGUUUUGAAGUUUGUGUGAAUCAUUCAAAGCUUCCAAAGGCUUGUCAACUUGCAGACCAAGUAUGCUUUCUACAUUGAAACAGUCUAAUAAAUUAUUGCUAAACGUCUUAGAUCCUCGGUUUUGCAGCAAAACAUGUGUGUCUCGUGGAUCAGCAUUGACAACGACAUAUUUGAGUCAAAGGGAUGACAGAGGAAAGGUACACAUUACUUUAUCGAGGGGAAUGGCGGGGAGAAGCUACAACGUGCCUCCAAGCGAUGAAUUCGUUUCAACAGUUACUGGAAUCGCCACUAUGUGCAAAUUGCCGUACCGAGAAACUGCGGAGGGAUUAGACGCAGCUUUCGUCGGAGUUCCCAUUGACACAGGCACUUCAAACCGACCCGGAACAAGGUUUGGACCGCGCCAGAUCAGAGCAGAGUCUGCCCACCUCCUGCCGUACAACGGUGGUACUAGGGCAGCACCUUAUGAAUCUCUGGUGGUAGCUGAUAUUGGUGAUGUCAAUGUCAAUGUGUACGACCUAAAGGACACCUGCAAAAGGAUUCGAGAAGCUUUCCACAAAAUCUUGGCCACUGGUUGCAUUCCUCUGACUAUGGGAGGAGAUCACACCAUAGCGUAUCCAAUUAUCCAGGCUGUGGCUGCUAAACACGGGCCAGUUGGCCUGAUCCAUGUGGAUGCCCACGCCGACACAAGUGAUGUCGAUCUGGGUGAGAAGAUUGGUCAUGGGACCCCCUUUCGGCGCUGUGUGGAAGAGGGGCUUCUAGACUGCAAGAGGGUGAUCCAAAUAGGUCUGCGUGGAACAGGCUACUCCCCAGAUGAUUAUGAGUGGGGCCGUGCUCAGGGUUUCCGUGUGGUGCAAGCGGAGGAGUGUUGGCACAAAUCACUGGUGCCCCUCAUGGCAGAGGUCCGCGCUCAGGUUGGGAGUGGACCGGUCUACCUCAGCUUUGACAUUGAUGCUCUUGACCCAGCCUACGCACCAGGCACAGGGACACCAGAGAUCGCCGGCCUCACACCCAUCCAGGCACUGGAAAUCAUCCGCGGUUGCCGUGGGUUAAACCUUGUUGGCUGUGAUUUGGUGGAGGUUUCUCCGCCAUACGACACCACAGGUAACACAGCAUUGACAGCUGCCAACCUCCUCUUUGAAAUGCUGUGUGUCCUUCCGAAGAUUAAGUAUUAUUAAUUUCCCCAAAAAGCUGGUUGUGAUGAAAACGUGAUCUAAAAUAAUUCUACAUCACUAUUUAUUUGAACAUUUACACAUCUGAAUAGAGUUAGCACAUAAAACAAAUGCCCUGGCCACCCUGGACAGAGCCAGCCUAAGUAAGCUGUCCUACUAGCUGUUGUGCCAGACGCCUUUGUCCUGCUGAAGGGCAGAGGCCCGAGCGGGAGCUCCGUGGAGGCCGAACUACAGAGGUGCUUCCUCUCCAACAUCGACUUGGAGGACCUGCGCACUGCCAUAGGCUUCCUCGUGUAUGGACGGGAGCUCCACUCUGCCAUCACUCUGUGAUUAGGGCCCAUUCGAGCUAGUAGAAGUAGGCACACAUACUGUAUAGGCUUUUACCGAAGUAAGUUUGUCAUCUAUCAUCAAACACACAAAAUGUGUUAUUUUCGGCCUAACUGUUUUUUUAGAUAGCAGUUUAUAAACACCUUGUACUUUUCCCCUGUGCCAAACUGUAGUAAGGUUUGUGCAUGUCCCCUUGUCAACAGACCACUACAUCAUUACAUUUAAAACUACUGAAAGAACUUUUCCCAAUUAUAAAAGUGUGAAAUUAAAUUAGUGGUAAUUGCAGUGAUUCAUAUUUACAUUUUCAGUACCAUCACAGUUCGAUUGAUUUGUGUAAAAAGUACGAUGUGGUUUAUUUGGUUACUCUGGUGAUCACCCUUUAGCAUUUCCUCUUCCUUACAAGGUUUCCCUGAUAACUCCUUGGGUGUCAUUGAUGAGCAUAAAUGCUCAUGUAAAUCUUUACAAAAUAAAGAUGUUUUGUGUUCCGUU